UGUUUCCUGGGACAGUUGAGUUAGGGGAUGGCUUUUGCAGAGCACUCACCGCUGACCCCUCACCGCCGGGACCUCUGUAGCCGCUCUAUCUGGCUAGCAAGGAAGAUUCGUUCAGACCUGACUGCUCUUUUGGAAUCUUAUAUGAAGCAUCAGGGCCUGAACGAGAACAUAAACCUGGACUCUGUGGAUGGUGUGCCAAUGGCAAGCACUGAAUGGUGGAGUGAGCUGACUGAGGCAGAGCGACUCCAAGAGAACCUCCAAGCUUAUCGUGCCUUCCAUGUUAUGUUGGCCAGGCUUUUAGAAGACCAGCAGGUGCAUUUAACUCCAGCUGAAGGGGAUUUCCAUCAAGCAAUACAUACCGUUCUACUCCAAGUUGCUGCCUUUGCUUACCAGCUGGAGGAAUUAAUGAUGCUUCUGGAACACAAGAUCCCCUCCAAUGAGGCUGAUGGGAUGCCCAUCAUUGGUGGAGAUGGUGGUCUCUUUGAGAAGAAGCUGUGGGGCCUAAAGGUGUUGCGAGAGCUUUCACAGUGGACAGUGAGGUCCAUCCAUGACCUUCGAGUCAUUUCUCAUCAGACUGGGAUUCCAACACAUGGGAACCAUUAUAUUGCUAAUGACAAGAAAAUAUAGCAGUUAUCCCUCCUCUCUCUCCCUCCUUCCUUUUCUAAUGGAAUAUACACAGCCCCGAGGCCUCACUUUCCCAUUCUUAAGUUUUGAAAGGUUGAAAGUUUUCUAACCUUUGAGACCGUAGGCAUUUUCAUCAAGUAGGGUUGGAGACAUGGACAACUGGGCAUACAGGUUGUGUGUGUGUGUGUGUGUGUGUGUGUGUGUGUGUUGGGGCCAUAAGGGAAUGGGGGCAAGGGCAGCAUCCUUCCAUCUUAGUGCUCUAACCUUUUCUACCCACUAAGUUAAGUUUACAAGGAUUUAAUAGUCUGACAGAAUAAAUAUAUGUUUAACUUUAGUCCUAGAUGACUUUUCUGGGAAGAUUGAAACUUAAUUAAAAAUCCUGGACCCCAGCCAAUUCAAACUCUUGGAUAAUAAAAAUACUAACAUUUAUUGAGUAUCUACUAUAUUGUAGCGGUAUGCCAGGGGCUCUGUGUAUAUUAUAUCUUCACAACAACCCUGUUGAGGGAGGUAGUGUUAUUCCCAUCUGGCAGAUGAGAAAACAGAAAUUAUAACUUGGUAAAGGUUACCCAACUAGCAAAUGGCACACUUAAGUUUGAACCCAGAUAUUUCUCAUCCCAAAGCCUAUGUGUCCUUCACUUCAGAGGCCUGAUUAUGACCCUUUAUCCCUGCACCUCUUUGCCAUAGCGGGUUGGAAAAUACAUUCAAGUAUUCUAUCCCCGGCCCUGGAAAACAAUCCCCAUUAUAUGUCCUGAUAGGUCAGUAACAUAAUUGUAGUGUUAAAGGCGGUAUUUGUUGCCCACGCUUGGCAAAGACGAGAGCAGUGGAGAUGUUAAGAUUCUGUUUGGGGAAAAGAGUAGGCCCACCAGACUUCUGAAAUUAGGAAACUGAGGAUGUGCAGUAACACAGCCUGCUUUAUCAAGUGUCCACAAAUGUUCUGGGUUGGGCACAGCGCACAGCAGCCUACGUCGCGUUUACUGUGAGCAGCAGUGUAGCGAUACAGGCAGUGUAAGCAAGCGUUCAUGGACAGCGGUUGGAAUAGCACUCAGGUUAAAAUGUCACAAACUCCUUUACCACACAUUCUCUGGACUUAGUCAUGAGGAGAGGGGGAGGCCCACUCUGUUCCCCGUGGGAAUGCCAGUGAUUCUGAAACAAUACAUAGCACAGCCUCCAUGCUUCACAACAGAGGGGCAGGGCGCUGUGUUUAAUGUUCUUGAGAGAAACAGUGUGAAAGACACAACCGGUAAAUGUGGGCAUUGAUGGAAAGGUCGUUUGUGGUCGGGCCUGUGAAACUAGUGGUGCAAUGUAAAUUCAAAAGUUCUCAGGUAUAACGUUACUUCACACUACCAAUUAAACCCACCAUCUUGGAUGUGGGACCCAAAUCAAUUUAGUUUACUUACUUGAAGCUCCUGUGCUCUUAAGUGAACCGUGAGUCAGAGACGGCUAGCACCCAUAGGUUGCAUGAGAUGGGACGGGGUGACCUAGCUUGUGUCUUUCUCCCACAAGGGUUUGUGUCCAAAACUCCACGAGGUCAGUGUUAUGAGGACUCUGGGCUGGGCACCGUGGCAAUACAGGGGACAUAAGGCCCGGCUCUGUAGUCUGCAUUUGUGGAAAUGAGCUUGUAUGCGUAGAAAACAUCAAUAAUGGUUGGAAUUGGGAGGGAGGCACAGGUUUAAGUGUUAGGGUGUUAAAGAAAAGGAGCUCAGCAAGGGCCCGAAAUCCCUUUCUGGAGGAGGGGGGAGUUCAGUUGUGUCUCAGAGGUUGUCUGAGUACCAAAUGAGAAAUGAGAGAGACAAGGAAAGAGUUGCCUGGUUAGAAGAAAGUAAGGUGAUGAUAAACAUUCGGGUCCCACUGCCACUAGAGGUUUAUCAUUUGGUUUUAUUUCAUUUGUAACUUUGGUGUAUGGGUAGAUACUUCCUCAGUAAAUGCAUAGAUGCUGAUUUCAUUCAAGCUUCAACUGGUGGUUCUGCUUCAAGAGCAAUAUUUCUCAUUGAUAAAGUACCUGCUUAUUAAUGUGAAGCCCUUAGAUUUAUCUGUGGAAUAUUUUAGACUCUUUAAUGGAUAAAGAUGUGACUACAAAUUCUUAGUGGGGAAUGACUGAUUACAGACUUGCUGAAUCUGAAAGGAGUGACCCCUCUCUGAGGGUUUGUCCUUAUAUUCAGCAGAUGUGGCAGAGCAGACGUCGGCAGAAGUUUCAAAAGUCAAUGGAACAUGGCUUAAGCUCUGAGUUACAUGUGAAGGAGUAUUUAUAUAUAUGAGAGGCAUAUUUGAAGUGGCAGAGGGUCCAGAAAAGGUACAAGUACUAACUAUUGAAUGGGAGGAAAUAGGAAGCUACAGAAGUCUCGAUUAGGUCACAAGCAGCAAGUCUCCAGAGUGUACUCCCAGCGUUGUACUAAGAGUUCCGUACCAGUUUCUUCUUCAAAAAAACUUGCAAUAUGCCUCAAAAGAAGUAUGGAGAAAAUGCUUAGAAAGUGUAGAUAAAUAAGGGAGAAGUGAGCACUUAACUUUAAAAACAAAGUCAUAAACGUGAAUGGAUCUGAAUGUGUAGACUGCAUCAUGCUUAUCUGAAACGGACAAGACCGUGAAGAAGGGACCCAAAAAUAGGUCCAUGUUCUAGGUGUGUGUCUUAAAUACAGAUAGGAAUAAUGGCAACACUGUGGAAGAAGUAUGGUUUCUUUAAGGAUCCAGAACCCAAAAGAGAUUUUUGGUCUUUAGAUUUUAGUUUCCUUGUUCCUUAGAUCUAUAUAUGGAUCGGAUCUCUGGGGAAUCAUAUUUUUAUAUGUGUGUAAACUAUAUUAUAUAAUACAUAAAUAUAAAAUUUAUAUAUAAUGUAUAACAUGUAACUAUAUAGUGAUAUAUAUGUUAUAUGUGUGUGUGUGUGUAUAUAUAUAUAUAAUUAAAAGGCAUGAAUGUAGUUCCUAACCCCUAACUUGUAUUUUGUAAAGAGUAUUCCCACAGCCUGUAGAAGUCCUCUGUGGGAGGGAGAUUCUGUUUUCCUGAAUCUGUUAAGGAAUUGCAUAUAUGAGCAAAGAUAAACUCUUUUUACAUUGAUUUAAGAAGGUGAUUUGGAAAAAAUUUGCAAAUUGGCACAAACUCAUAGGCCAAGCAUCGAAUAAAAUUAGCUUUGAAAUAA